GCGGAGGGCGCCGGCGGGGAGCCGCAGGCCGAGCCUAGCCGGGCCGGGCAGCCGGCGAGCUCGGCGAUGCGGUGUCUCGCUCUGCUCGGCCUCGUCGUCUGGGGCCUGGGGAGCUGGGCCGGCCACAGCGGCGGAGCGUCCCCGCCGCCCUGCCCGGCCCCCUGCAGCUGCGACGGCGACCGCGGCGUGGACUGCUCCGGGCGGGGGCUGGCGGCCGUGCCCGCGGGACUCAGCGCCUUCACGCACGCCCUAGAUAUCAGCAUGAAUAACAUCACAAGACUACCAGAAGAUGCCUUCAAGAACUUUCCCUACUUGGAAGAGCUGAGACUGGCUGGCAAUGACCUUACUUUUAUCCAUCCAAAGGCCCUGUCUGGGUUGAAAGAACUCAAAGUUCUAACCCUACAGAACAACCAGCUGAAGACUGUACCUAAUGAGGCCAUCAGAGGAUUAAGUGGCUUGCAGUCCUUGCGUCUGGAUGCCAACCACAUCGCUGCCAUCCCCCAGCACAGCUUCCAGGGGCUGCUGCAGCUGCGCCACCUCUGGCUGGACGACAACAGCUUGGCAGAGGUCCCCACCUCCCCUCUCAGCAACCUCCCCUCUCUGCAGGCCUUGACCCUGGCUCUCAACAGGAUAACCCACAUCCCUGACUAUGCCUUCACAAACCUGUCCAGCCUGGUGGUUCUACAUCUUCAUAAUAAUAAAAUAAAAACUAUAGGAAAACACUGUUUUGAUGGAUUAGACAACCUUGAAACCUUGGAUUUAAAUUAUAAUAACAUGGUGGAAUUCCCUGAAGCCAUAAAAGCACUUCCAAGUCUAAAGGAGUUGGGAUUUCACAGCAACUACAUUUCCAUAAUUCCUGAUGGUGCAUUUGCAGGAAACCCCCUUCUGAGAACAAUACAUUUGUAUGAUAAUCCUUUGUCUUUUGUGGGGAACUCAGCAUUUCAGAAUCUGUCAGAUCUGCAUUCCCUGGUCAUUCGUGGUGCCAGCAUGGUGCAAUGGUUUCCUAAUCUGACAGGAACCAUAAAUCUGGAGAGCUUGACUCUUACAGGGACCAAGAUAAACAGUAUUCCUGUUAAUUUAUGCCAAGAGCAAAAGGUGCUUCGAACUUUGGACUUGUCUUAUAACAAUAUAAAAGACCUCCCAAGUUUUAAAGGCUGCCACACCUUGGAAGAAAUUUCCUUACAGCAUAAUCAAAUCCAGGAAAUUGCAGAGGACACCUUUCAAGGACUCUCCUCCCUUCGUGUCCUGGACCUGAGUAGAAACCGGAUCCAUCAGAUCCACAAGAGAGCUUUCAUCACUGCUGGAGCUCUUCUCAACCUAGACCUAAGUUUCAAUGAGCUCAGUUCAGUUCCAGCUGAAGGAUUGAGUGGACUGAACCAGCUUAAACUCACAGGCAAUUCUGAGCUGAAAGAAGCUUUGGCAGCAAAGAACUUUGCAAAACUCCGGUCACUCUCUGUACCAUAUGCUUAUCAGUGCUGUGCAUUUUGGGGUUGUGAUUCUUAUCUUAACUCUAAUGCUGAAGAUUCCAGUCACCCAGAUCAAGGUGCCUUGAUGGAUCAUGAGAAGGCUAAUGCAGAUAUUACAAGAAAUGCAAAAAAUGAGGAAUUGGGACAGACUAUUAUUCACUGUACACCAGCAACAGGUGCUUUUAAGCCUUGUGAAUAUUUAUUGGGCAGCUGGAUGAUUCGCCUUACUGUCUGGUUUAUUUUUUUGGUUGCUUUGGUCUUCAACCUGCUUGUCAUGUUAACAAUAUUUGCAUCCUGCACUACAUUGCCAACUUCCAAACUAUUUAUAAGCUUGAUUUCUGUCUCUAACUUAUUUAUGGGAGUUUAUACUGGUAUUUUAACUUUCUUGGAUGCUGUAUCUUGGGGAAGAUUUGCUGAGUUUGGCAUAUGGUGGGAGACUGGCAGUGGCUGCAGAAUUGCUGGCUUUCUUGCAGUUUUUUCAUCAGAAAGUGCCAUUUUUUUCCUGAUGUUGGCAGCUGUAGAACGGAGCCUCUCUGCGAAGGAGUUCAUUAAAAAGGGGAAAAGCAAUCGCCAGAAGCAGUUUCGGAUUGCAGCAUUUCUUGCUUUCCUUUGCGCUCUCGUGGCGGGGUGCUUGCCGCUUUUUUAUAAAGCAGAAUACUCAGCAUCACCCCUUUGCUUGCCCUUCCCCACUGGAGAGACACCUUUGUUGGGUUUCACAGUAACUUUAGUGCUGCUGAAUUCAUUAGCAUUUCUGCUAAUGGCCGUUAUCUACACUAAGCUCUACUGCAACCUGGAGAAAGAGGAUCUCUCCGAAAACUCCCAGUCCAGCACGAUUAAGCAUGUGGCUUGGCUCAUCUUCACGAACUGCAUCUUCUUCUGUCCUGUUGCAUUUUUCUCGUUCGCACCGCUGAUCACUGCCAUUUCUAUCAGCCCUGAGAUCAUGAAGUCUGUCACUUUGAUAUUCUUCCCGCUGCCCGCUUGCCUGAACCCGGUGCUGUACGUGUUCUUCAACCCCAAGUUCAGGGAGGACUGGCAGUGCCUGAGGCGCCAGCUGAGCAGGAGGAAGGGGGCGGCGGCGAUGGCCGCGGGCGCCCAGGGCGGCUGCCCCGCGCAGGAUCUCUACUACGACUGCGGCGUGUACAGCCAGCUGCAGGGCAGCGUGCCCCUGUGCGAGUGCUGCCAGUCGCUGCUGCUGGCCCGCGCCGUGCCCUGCGCGCACCUGCUCAAGUCCCAGAGCUGCCCCGCGCUGGCGGCGCCCGGCCCCGGCCCCGAGGGCUGCUGGCCGGACUGCGCGCAGCCCGCGCUCUCGGACUACGCGGACGAGGACGACUCGUUCGUGUCGGACAGCUCGGAGCAGGUGCAGGCCUGCGGCCGUGCCUGCUUCUACCAGAGCCGGGGCUUCCCCCUGGUGCGCCCCGCCUACAGCGCGCCGCGGGCCCGGGACUGACGGCCUGUGCCUCGGCCCGCUGUGAAACUGUUCUGUUCUGCAGCCUGUGCCUCGGCUCACAGUGAAACUGUCCUGUUCUCACCAUCAAACAGUGUCCUGUUCUGCAGCCUGUGCCUCGGCCCGCUGUGAAACUGUUCUGUUCUCACCAUCAAACACUGUCCUGUUCUCACCAUCAAACACUGUCCUGUUCUGCAGCCUGUGCCUGGGCUCACCAUCAGUGUCCUGUUCUGCAGCCUGUGCCUGGGCUCACCAUCAAACACUGUCCUGUUCUGCAGCCUGUACCUGUUCUCACCAUCAGUGUCCUGUUCUGCAGCCUGUACCUGUUCUCACCAUCAGUGUCCUGUUCUGCAGCCUGUGCCUGGGCUCACCAUCAGUGUCCUGUUCUGCAGCCUGUGCCUGCUCUGGCCUUCCCAUCAGGAAGCACUUUUGUAACCUUUGUUCAGUGUCAUUUGUAAAGAAGGGAAGUGGGCAGUGACUUCUUGAGCCAUACCUUUUUAAACAAUUAAAUAAAUCAAUUGUCCUGACUGUAAAUAAUUGGUAAAUCAAAAUUGCUACCCAAUAUUUUUACUCUUUUCACAAAAUAGUGGUUUCUUUUAUACAGUUUUUACAUUGCAGUUGUACUUUGCUUCUUCUGGUGGUGAGGUAAGUUCUGUUGAUUUUUUUUUUUCUCCCCCCUGUGAAAGCACAAUAUAAAGGACAGCUGUUUAAUAUUACAGAAAUUAUUUUUAAAUGUGUCUUUUUUAUAAUUAAACAAAAAAAAAAUCUAUUGCUAGCUUUGUAUAGUAUAUCCAGCAUUGAAUCUCAGGAUGCAUUUUAUUGCAGGGCCAAAAAAGGGAUUAAUUCUCCCAUACGUAACUGUGACAGCAAUAUCAGAAUACUGUGUUUGUUUCAUAUUUUAGCUGAUGUUCAAUUUUUUUAAAAGGGUUUGUUGCAGUAAAGUACUGAAUCUGCAGUAUUCUGUAGAUUUAUUGUAAUAAGAAUAUUAACAGCUGUCAGGAAAAUGGUAGGGUUAAACACAUUUUCCAGUGAUGAUGCAUUACUUCAGGUGAACCACAGCAAGUUUCUUCAGUAUUAUGCAGUCCAGUCCCACCGUUGGAAGGAGUGUCAAUGUGCUGGGGUGGUAGCAGAGCUGUCACUGUAUUCAGCUCAUGUCUUUGCAGUAAGACUGGCUGAUACUCUGCAGCCUGCUGGAAGUUACAGCACUUCAGUAAUACCUAUGGAUAGACUGAGAGUUUAGAAAAUGGAGGGAAAAUUUGAAAGUAAAAAAGAAAGCAUUUUUUCCAGUUACUUUAUUGACAAUAAAGUAUACUGUGCAAAGUCACUGAUUUUCACAUAAAUCAGUGCAGUCUUUUUAAAGCAUUAAAGUUCUGAGACCCAAAUUAUUUAAGUACAGCCAAUGAUCAAUUUUUUAUAUUUAGCUGGAAAUAUGAUCAAUACAAAGUUAAUAAUGCAUGAUUGAGGAAUUAAGUAAGGUUUUUGGACAAUACACGAGUUCAAGAGUAAAUCCACUGCCAUCCCAGUUACUCUGGAGAAAUUCUUGUUAAGAUGUAAAGCUAGAUUGCUGUUUUGAGAAUUAAACUGUAUAUACUGUUCAUACAAUGAAUUUUUAUCUUUGUAUUGUAAGUUAUUUGAUAGAACCCAUGAUGGGAAAUGUGGCUUCAGUUCAUUUUGUUAAUUAAAGCUACCUCCUAAACAAUAGUGGCUGCCAGUAGCAGAAUGUUUAAAAUGUGGUUUAUGUACUUUUUUCAUUGUAAAUAGAUGUGGUUGUAUAUUUUCACUAUAAUAAAAACAGGAUCCUUGUAUAUCAAAAUCAUGUAGUUUGUACAAAGUAUGGGAGGAGUAUUUACUGUAUGCUGUUAAUUUUGUAAGCCAAAAUAUUCAAGUGUAAAAAGGGAAAAAAAACCAUCCAAGAGUUGUUAAUUCUUAUAUUUACACUCACAAAUAUUAGAUCUGCAAUUAGCAUGGAAUGUUACACUGAAAGCAAAUAAAGGGUACAUGAAUA